AUGAGCGUGAUGCGGCUGGACAGUCUGGUGGAGGAGGACGUGCAGUUCAUGAAGAUUGAUGUGGAGGGCUUUGAGAGCGAGGUGCUCAAGGGCGCAAGCGGCCUGCUGCAGAACUUCAAUGUCUUCUACAUCAUUGCCGAGUGCAAUAUCGGUAUCCUCGGCCUUGAGCGCGCCAAGAAAUUCUUGAGGUUUUUAUCUGAGUUUGGCUAUGCGAUAUCAGGCAGCAGCUUCCAGGGGCCUUUUCUGGACGACGCGGCCAUCUCCAGGGGAUCAGCGCCGCUGGGUCCCGGGGAGAAUCUUUACCUCGUCAAGAGGGAGCUGCUGCGCGCGCAGCCUCGGGGCUGA